ACCAUUUAUUAGUUUCCAUAAUGGGUUUCUUUCUCUCAGAGAAUCUCGCAAUUCUUCAUAUCUUAACAGAUUUUUACUUUCCAUCUUUACUCACACUCCCAUUAUGUUGUGAGUUGUCACGUUGAUGACCUUAUUAAAUAGAAACCUUUUCUCUAUUCCUUUCUUUUUUUAUGAGGUUUCUUCAGAAUUUAGAAACUUGUUUUUUGAUUCAUAAAAGAAACCCAACAUGGGAAACAACUGUGUUGGACCUAGAAGAACCUAUGAACAUGAAAGUUUUCAAACUUCAUUUUGGUGGCCAUGGUCAUUGUCAUGGUCAUAUCCAAUCAACCAAACACAAAUUUCAGUUUCACAAAACACAAAUUCUUCACAAACCUAUCAACAAAACCCACCACAUGUUCACAAAAUUGAGAACAAAGACAUGAAGACACUUCAGUCUAAUACUGCUUCAGACAGACAAACUAGCAUAUCACAAGAAGAUGCAGAACCAGUUACACAGUUGAAGGAAAAAGCUACACCAACAAAAACAAUGAUGUCAAAAAAUAUUAAUAUUAGGAGGGUAACACCAAAAAGUGCAGGUCUUCGAGCAGAAUCGGUUUUGUUGACAAACAAUGGUCCUUUUAGGGAAUUUUAUAAGUUAGGAGAUGAACUUGGGAAAGGAAAGUUUGGAACUACUUCACUUUGUUUGGAGAAAUCAACCAGGAAGACAUACGCAUGCAAAGCAAUACCAAAGGUAAAAUUGUUUAGAGAGAAUGAUAUAGAGGAUGUGAGGAGGGAGAUUGAAAUAAUGCAUCACUUAGUUGGGAUUCCAAAUGUGAUAUCAAUAAAAGGAGCUUAUGAAGAUCCGGUCGUUGUUUAUAUUGUAAUGGAAUUAUGUGAAGGAGGUGAGUUGUUUGACAGGAUUGUGGAAAGGAGACAUUACACCGAGAGAAAGGCUGCUAAACUCGCAAGAACGAUUGUUAAUGUUGUUGAGGCUUGUCACUCACGUGGAGUUAUGCAUCGUGAUCUUAAGCCUGAAAAUUUCCUUUUUGUUGAUGGAGAUGAAGAUUCCACUCUUAUGGCAAUUGAUUUUGGACUGUCCAUUUUCUUCAAACCAGGGGAAAAAUUUAGUGAUUUUGUCGGAAGUGCUUAUUAUGUUGCACCUGAGGUUAUAGAAGAGUGUUAUGGGCCAGAAGCUGAUGUAUGGAGUGCAGGUGUGAUCAUAUACAUUCUCUUAUGUGGAACACCUCCCUUUUAUGGUGAAUUGGAUCGAGAGAUAUUUGAUGAGGUUUUACAUGGUGAAGUUGAUUUCUGUUCCGAUCCUUGGCCAAGUAUAUCUGAAAGUGCCAAAGACUUGGUUAAGAAGAUGCUUGAUAGAGAUCCUAAAACACGAAUUAAAGCUCAUGAAGUUCUAAGUCACCCUUGGAUUCAGGUUGAUGGAGUUGCUCCAGACAGGCCUCUUGAUUCUGCAACUUUGAGUCGUCUAAAGCAAUUUUCUGCUAUGAACAAGCUCAAGAAAAUGGCUCUUAGAGUUAUCGCAAAAAAUCUUUCUGAAGAAGAAAUUUCUGGGUUGAAAGAAUCGUUUAAGACGAUAGAUACAGACAAUACUGGUCAAAUUACCUUUGAAAAACUCAAGGUUGGACUGAAAAAGUUUGGUGCCAAUCUCUCUGAAUCCGAAAUUUUUGAUCUAAUGCAAGCUGCAGAUAUUGAUAACAAUGGCAUGAUUGACUAUGGAGAAUUCAUAGCUGCAACGUUGCAUUUAAACAAAGUUGACAAAGAAGAUCAUUUAGUUGCAGCUUUCUCAUAUUUUGAUAAAGAUGGAAAUGGCUACAUCACUCAAGACGAGCUUCAACAAGUUUGUAAAGAAUUUGGUAUGAAGGAUGUCCACUUUGAGGAAAUGAUCCGAGAAGCUGAUCAAAAUAAUGAUGGACAAAUAGACUACAAUGAAUUUGUGGCUAUGAUGCAGAGAGGCAAUGCAGAUUUAGAAAAUAAUAGUGUAAAGUGUAGCACUAGCUUUAACAUUGGAUUAGGGAAGACAAAGACACUAUCAAUAUGUUAGGAAGACAGGCACUAUCAGUAAUAGUGAUGUAAAGUGUAACUCUAGGUUUAACAUUGAAUUUUUCUUCCUUUAGAAAAUUAAUUAACAAUCUUGACUAUUAUUGUGUAAAAAAGUUGGUAGGUUUGUUUCAUGGGUUUUGACAUGUUAUGUAAAUUACUAUAGGAAACAUUAUCUUGUCAACUGCCUUUGAGUUU